ACGUAAUUCCGUAGUAUUUUCUUUAUUAUUUCAAAAUUCGCUCACCUAUAAAUCACUAUUAAUGGACGAGGGGAAGUUUGUGUCGUACUUAAGUUUGUGCAUUAAAUUUGCAGUUAGUUAGUGGUAAACAAGUGGACUAAAAACCCCCCAAGACGUUUGACCCAGGAAGCGAAGAUUCAGGAAGAGAAGUGACCCAACCCACUUGUGUCAGCCUAACCUCCUCCCGCCUCUCCCCAUAUUAAUUACAGGUGUUGUGGGGAGCCUGUGUGACUCUUGAACACCUGCCAGUAUGUCUGUGAAUCAUGGGACGCCUCUGGAAGACCUGGCUGGCUCUCGGUCGGCUGGGUGUCUCAAGGUGUUUAUUCAGAGAGAUUAUUCUGAAGGAACCUCUGUCAGAUUUCAGACAAAGUUUCCACCUGAACUAGAGGGAAAGAUUGAAAAAUCAGUCUUUGAAAAUACAAUCAACGACAUCAAUGGAAUGUUCGUGGAAGCUGAGAAGAUGUCUUGUGGUCGUUACUGUGAGGGUUGUCUUGGAUGCCUAACAGCAUACCUUGUAUUCUUCUGCAUGGAGACACAUUAUGAACAGGUUGGCAUUCAUUAUUUAAUCCUUUUUUUUUUUAAUGUGAUAUACAGUACUUUGUAUGUGUCUUGUCACUGUCAUGAGACUGGUUUUACAUUUUAUGACCAGUAAAGAUUGAGAUAUGUUUUAUCUCUUAAAAAUGAACUUAUUGAGGAUUUGCAUGGUAUGCUACAGGCUACCAACCAUUAUCGUAUAUUGUCCUGACAACCACAUAUAGUGCACAUUCCAUGCAUUGUAUAUAUUAUUCUGAGCCUCUAUAAUGUAUGUGAAUGGUAUACAAUACUGACAGAAUGAAGAAUUAGAUGUGCAGCAUCUGGGUA